AAACUCGUCUGCCCACCGGUCAUUCUUGAUAGUUUCAGCUACGCCUAGUUAGGUCGGUAGGUAACCUUGGUACUCCUGCUUUGCAUACGAUUCCCCACGUAAACAAAAGCUAUACAUCCUGGUGCCAGUCCAACCUCGACGAGAUACAGACAAGCAUCGGUAACCUCACGCAAAUACAACAGGAUUUAUCAAACCAAGAUGGGCAUCGGUAGAUCCAAACAGUUCCGUAAACUUCCCCAGGUUCUCCUGAUGGGACUGGACUCGGCUGGAAAAUCCACUUUGUUGUUCAAACAGCAACGAGGAGUAGUGAUGGAAACUUCGCCAACUCUGGGCUUCAAUGUUGUAACAGUGGAACUGAACAAGAAAACGUCACUGACCGUAUGGGACGUGGGCGGACAACGGUCCAUGAGACCCAAUUGGAAAUACUACCUAGAGGGGUGUAAACUUCUUGUUUUCGUGGUGGACAGCAGUGACCGGGAUAGGAUGGAUGAAGCUCAGAAAGCCCUUAAGAAGAUUCUCAGCGAUGAGCACUUGAAAGGAGUUCCUCUGUUAGUGCUGGCCAACAAAAAGGAUCUGCCAAACUCCAUGACUAUCAGAGAGGUGUCUACAUUGUUGGAUUUGGACAGUUACACAGAUCGGGUGUGGGAGAUCCAAGCUUGUAGCGCCCUGAAGGGACUGGGUCUCCAACAAGCUUUUCUAUCUAUAGCUAAACUAUUAAAAAAGUCAUGAUGAGCUGUCAGAUGAACUUGCUGAUUAUUAUCUAGCAAGGACACAUGGCUAAAACAUACCUGCAUACAUGACAGAUUGCUUCUAUUUGAUUGCAAAGUCAACAUGCUUGAUCAUGGCAUGGUCAUAUUAAAACGAAGAUGCAAAAGGUAAUAUGAAGGUGGCACGAGGCCAGUUUGCUUUAACUGUAAACCUGUGAUAGGAUUGAAGUAUUGACACUGCAGUUUUGGUUAUGCUUUACAUAUUGUAACUAUUUAUAUAACUUGGUGUUCUUUACUGUAAACAACAUACUGUACUAUAACCUUCACUGUAUGCCUUUGUGUGACGCCAUGCAAACUCUGAUGGCAACAUUACACUGUGGCAAGCAAAAGUGUUUGUGAUAUUGCUGUAUUGCAUAAACCUAUAACUUUUGAAUGUGCAACUCACUGAAACAAAGAUGAGAUGCUGCAUUAAUAGACUUUUAAUAUUUUUUAAACUGUUUGAAUGUACUGUAGUGGAAUUACAAUGCCAA